AUGCGAAAGAUAUGCCUUAAUUAUAAUGUCAACUUUACCUUAAGGUAAUAAACCCUCUGGACGCCAUCUGCAACGUACCACGUAACGACGCAGUGUGUGUGAGCAACCUCAAAUCGGCCAAGUCGAUGGAUAAGCACAUUCUACAGGACCGGCCAGAUGUAAAGAUCUUCCUGCCAUUCCGAUUCUUAACCUACAAACCAGCGGAACUAUUCGUGGAGAACACUUACAGGAAUUACUUAGUGGCUCUUGAUGGAGACCACGUGGUAAGCCUGAUCGAUGAGAUAUCGUACCGCGCCGCGCCAUCCCCGCCGCUCUCGCAGUUGCACGAUAUCCCACCAGAGGUGUUCUGCAACGGCGACAACCGCCCCCCUGACUGCGCCGAAGACUGCCGCUGCACGCAUAUGAUUGACGUACCCUUAAACGCUAUAGUUGAAAUCGUAUUGGUUGACGAAGUCCAAAGCCAAAACCUCUCUCAUCCCUUCCACAUGCACGGUAACAGCUUCCGCGUCAUUGGCAUGGGCCGGUCCCCCGACAAAACCAUUAAGAAGAUCAACCUGAAACACGCUCUAGACCUGGACCGGCAGGGUUUGCUAGAGCGGCAGUUUGAGGACCCGCCGUCGAAAGACACUAUUGCCGUGCCCAACAAUGGAUAUGUGGUGCUGCGGAUGAAAGCUGACAACCCAGGAUUCUGGUUGUUCCACUGCCACUUUCUCUACCACAUAGUAAUCGGCAUGGCAACAAUAAUCCACGUAGGGACGCAAGACGACCUACCUCCCGUGCCUCCCCACUUCCCAACCUGCGGCAGCCACGUCACAGCCAUCACUCCCCCGAUAUUCCACUUAUACUGACAGUGACAAUCACUGUUGGACAUUAUAGCAUUCGAUCUCACUAAAUGUGCAGAGAUUCUCCAGGAAUCUUGAUUCCAUCGAUAUGAAAUUGAAUGAAUACUACUGCCAUAUCUUAUUUCGUGUACUUAGACAAAUAUGAAAGACCAGCUGCAUAUUUUUGUUUGGUUCAUUGAGACGUAGAUGGCAUUUGGUUUGGCAAAUGUUGCCAAGGAAACUACUUAUAUUUUAGGAACAUAUUUUUAUGUUUAUGGCGAAUGAUGUGCCAGGCGUAUCGAAGAAAACCCUCUACUGUAUAAAGUUGACGCUCCUAGCAUGCGUCGUGAAGUUAUUGUACAGGCUUCCAAAAAGAUA